AUGCAACACUUCCUUCCGACAGGAAAAGUUCUUCCUUCCGACAGGAAAAGUUCUUCCUUCCGACAGGACACAAACGAAUGUCCGACGUCCCUCUUCCUGAACGCCUUCCAAAGCCAGAGGAACCUAAAGAACCAUAACAGUCCCCUCAGUUCCAGCAAGUACCUCCGAAUUACUACCAAUUUCCACCUCAAGGUUACUACCCACCACAAGGCUUCCCGAACUACCCUCCUCAGCCUAUGCCUUACUGCCCCAACCCUUGGUUGUUCCAGCAAGCUCCACCCCAGCAAUUCCAAUCUCAAUCCAAAUCGAAGAGAGACCAAGAGUUCGAAGAAGGUCUGA